AUGAUUGCCGCUGUUGGAUCUAAGUCGGACUUUCAUACUCGGUUUGAUGAAUCAAGCGAUAGUGAUGCGGAUGGGGAUGUGGAUGAGAAGUUGAGGAGGAGGAUUUCUAAAGAGAAAGUGUCAUCGAGAGCGCCGACGACAUCAUCGGCGGUACCAACAUCAUCUCGCGCGCCGGCGACAUCACCUGCACCACCGUCAGCCCCUCACCCACCGAUUGAACCCUCUGAAUCAAUACCAUUCGGAACAGAAGAAAGAGGUCGUCGUCAUCGGAGAGCAUUGACUGACAAUAAAUUUCCACAACGGCCACCACGGUUGGACUCGAAAGACGACGACGAGUCGUCCCCGAGCUCGAUACUUAUGGCUCCUCCCCCGAGACGAACUCGCAGUGCCACGCCGAGAGCAGCCCCCGUUUUGAGUCGCAUGGUAGAAGCACAAACCCACUUUGAUUCCUCAACCGGACCGCACUCACCAUCCAACUCUUCCAACCUUGGCGAAACUAUGGAAGAGUCGCACUCGUCUGCGUCAGCUCUUUCUACACGGCUGAUGGAGAUGUUUGGGUUUGCGCAACCUGAAAAGGUUUUAGUCGAAUAUGCUUGCUCACUCCUUCAGAGCAUGCUUCUACAAGGCUACAUGUAUGUGACUGAAGGUCAUAUCUGUUUCUAUGCCUAUCUUCCAAAGAGAUCGAAUGUGGCGAUCAAGUCAGGGUAUCUGGCCAAGCGCGGUCGCAAGAACCCCAAGUAUAAUCGCUAUUGGUUUGCUCUGAAGGGCGAUGUUCUUUCAUACUACCCAGAUCCUUCGAAUCUUUACUUCCCCAGCGGACAUGUGGAUCUUCGAUAUGGGAUCGAAGCGUCUCUUGCAGAACGCAAAGAUGGCGACAAAGACAGCGAUGUCAAAGACUUUCAAGUCACCACAGACCAGGGAACAUAUCUGUUCAGGGCAGAUAGUUCCACCAGUGCGAAGGAAUGGGUGAAAGCUAUCCAGAAAGUCAUCUUUCGGACGCACAAUGAAGGAGACAGUGUCAAAGUCUCCUUCCCGAUUGAGAAUAUCAUUGAUCUGGAGGAGAGUCCAAUGGCGGACUUUGCCGACACAUUCAAGAUUCGAGUUGUGGAUAGCGGCGAAACAUAUGCAAUUGAUGAGUACUUCUUUUCGUUCUUCGACUCGGGCCAGGACGCAUUCAACUACAUCAAGAGUCUGGUGAAUGCGACGAGUAUGAAUGCAGCCAAAGAUCAAGAGUCAAAUCAAAUGAGCCAGAGAAGGCAGACCGGCAGUCGAGUCGCAAGUCAAAGACGAGAUACUUCACCCUUGAAGAGAGGCUCAAGUGAUGGACAUGAAAACCAAUCAGCGGAUUCAUUUGCCGAACAAGGGACAGCAUCUUCUCCCAUUGUACAAUCUAUGACAGACACGGCCGAAUCUGCCAGUCAAAUACUGAACCGAAGUGAUGUUUUCCACUCACCUACUAUGCGCGCAAUGCGAAGACGCUCGUCAGAUGUUGGAGAGACUAUCCGACGCUCCGACGAGACAACUCGCUCUGCUUCUGCGCAACUGGACUUGGACCGAGCCGGUCGGGCUAUUGACAAGAGCGAUGCUCUUGAUCAGUCCGAUGUAAUGCAGGCAUCUAGCCUCGGCUCCGUUGCUCAUCUUAACGACCUCGUCAAGGCAGGCGCUUAUCCUUUCCAACGCGCAGCUGGAUUUGCAGACUACGUGAAAAACCGCUCGAGACAGAUGAGCACUUUGUUGGCAACAGAGUCAAUGGGUUACAUUGAGAAGGUUUCUGGUAUGUGGACUGGUAGCCAGAAACAUUACGGUGAGCGGGAAGGGCCAUUACAAGGCCAAAGCGUCGAUGCAGAGGACGAAGGCGAAGGUGGACUCAAUCAUGGGGAUCGGUUCCGUGCCCACUUUGCUCUUCCGCCAACUGAAAGAUUGCAGGCGACAUACUACGCCUACUUACAUCGUGUGCUCCCGCUUUACGGCAAGAUCUACAUCAGUCAGAGGAAGCUUUGUUUCCGCAGUCUGAUUCCCGGGACCCGCACUAAGAUGAUUUUACCAUUCAAAGACAUUGAGAAUGUUGAAAAGGAAAAAGGCUUCCGUUUCGGAUAUCAAGGACUUGUCGUCAUCAUCCGGGGGCAUGAAGAGCUUUUCUUUGAGUUCAACGCUUCAGAAGCACGAGAUGACUGCGCAGUCACAUUACAUCAAAACCUCGAGUCUGUGAAAUACCUGGUGGAAUCUGGCUUGCUUGCAGAAGAGGAACAAGACGAAGUUGAGGCGGCCAAGGCUGAACACCGCAUGCUCCAGGAAGCCAGACUGGACAGCCCCGAGGAGCAUGACACACGUCCUACGCUAAAUGAAGACUCAUCUGAGAUACACCCUUUCUUUGAUGACCCUCGCGCCUCUAUCAUCAAUUUCAAACCCACCGAACCCCUCCGAAUCACUUGCCUGACCAUUGGCUCUCGAGGUGAUGUGCAGCCGUACAUUGCACUUUGCAAGGGACUUCUCGCAGAGGGGCACAUGCCAAAGAUUGCAACACACGCCGAAUUUGAACCAUGGAUCCGAAGACAUGGGAUCGACUUCGCACCUGUUGACGGUGAUCCUGCCGAGCUGAUGCGCAUUUGCGUCGAGAACGGAAUGUUCACAUACUCCUUCCUUAGAGAGGCUUCACUUAAGUUUAGAGGGUGGAUCGAUGAUCUUUUGUCAUCAGCAUGGAGAAGCUGCCAAGGCUGUGAUCUCUUGAUUGAAUCGCCAAGCGCCAUGGCCGGAGUUCACAUUGCAGAGGCUCUUCGAAUCCCCUAUUUCCGGGGCUUCACCAUGCCGUGGACGAGGACCAGGGCAUACCCGCAUGCAUUUGCGGUGCCAGAAAACCGAAUGGGCGGAGCAUACAACUACAUUACAUACGUCAUGUUCGACACCAUCUUCUGGAAAGCUAUCGCAGGCCAAGUCAACCGCUGGCGAAACAGAGAGUUAGGACUGAAGGCUACCACUCUAGACAAGAUGCAGCAGAACAAAGUCCCAUUCCUUUACAACUACUCGCCUUCCGUGGUGGUCCCUCCUCUCGAUUACCCGGAUUGGAUUCGCAUUACAGGAUACUGGUUCCUGAAUGAAGGCUCAGACUGGACCCCACCAGCUGACCUGUUGAGCUUCAUCCAACGAGCCAGAGCAGACGGCAAAAAGAUCGUGUACAUCGGCUUCGGAUCCAUAGUCGUCUCAGACCCGUCUGCCUUGACACGGACCGUCGUCGAAUCAGUCCAAAAGGCCGAUGUCCGCUGCAUCCUCUCAAAGGGUUGGUCAGAUAGACUAGGCGAUCCAGCCAGUGCAAAGCCCGAAAUCCCUCUCCCACCGGAAAUCUUUCAAAUUCAAGCUGCGCCCCACGAUUGGCUCUUCUCUCAAAUCGAUGCCGCAGCUCACCACGGCGGAGCAGGAACUACUGGCGCAAGUCUCCGAGCCGGCGUGCCCACCAUCGUCAAGCCAUUCUUCGGAGACCAGUUCUUCUUCGGUGGCCGAGUGGAGGAUCUAGGCGUUGGUGUCUGCAUGAAGAAACUGAACGUUAGCGUCUUCUCACGGGCACUCUGGGAGGCUACGCACAGCGAACGCAUGAUUGUGAAGGCGCGCAAUCUUGGCGUUCAAAUCCGAAGUGAAGAUGGCGUGGCAACUGCCAUCCAGGCCCUCUACCGCGACCUUGAAUACGCAAAGACAUUGGCUCGACAGAAGUCUCUUGUCUCAUCUACCCCCUUCUCUCCUACCCCCACUGCAAAGGCCUCACCUGAUGGAGGCGAUGAUGAUAUUGAUGAUAUCGAGGAGUGGACUUUUGUUGGUGAUGAGACUGGCAUUGAUAUCUCGAAGCGGGUGCGCGAGCGAGCUGCUUCGGAUGCUAAUAACCUUGCUUCAACCCUAACAUGA